UCCACUUUGUGACUAGCUAUUGAACAAUGGCUGGAAGUUGGGGUUUGGGUCAGAUUUUGGCAGUUUGUGCUUUGUGUCAUGCUGUUCCUCAGCGGAAUGAUCUGCCCCAGAACACUCAAGCUCUGAUGUUCCAGCAGACUGACCAGCGGUUUCAGAAGCUAGUUCAACAGCAAACGCCAGUUCAACAGCAAACUGACCAGUGGUUUCAGAAGCCAGUUCAACAGCAGACUGACCAGUGGUUUCAGAAGCCAGUUCAACAGCAGACUGACCAGCGGUUUCAGAAGCCAGUUCAACAGCAAAUGCCAGUUCAACAGCAGACUGACCAGUGGUUUCAGAAGCCAGUUCAACAGCAAACUGACCAGCGGUUUCAGAAGCUAGUUCAUCAGCAAACGCCAGUUCAACAGCAAACUGACCAGCGGUUUCAGAAGCUAGUUCAACAGCAAACGCCCGUUCAACAGCAGACUGGCCAGUGGUUUCAGAAGCUAGUUCAACAGCAAAUGCCAGUUCAACAGCAAACUGACCAGCGGUUUCAGAAGCUAGUUCAACAGCAAAUGCCAGUUCAACAGCAGACUGACCAGUGGCUUCAGAAGCCAGUUCAACAGCAGACUGACCAGCGGCUUCAGAAGCCAGUUCAACAGCAAACUGACCAGCGGUUUCAGAAGCUAGUUCAUCGGCAAACGCCAGUUCAACAGCAAACUGACCAGCGGUUUCAGAAGCUAGUUCAACAGCAAACGCCCGUUCAACAGCAGACUGGCCAGCGGUUUCAGAAGCUAGUUCAACAGCAAAUGCCAGUUCAAGAGCAAACUGACCAGUGGUUUCAGAAGCUAGUUCAACAGCAAACGCCAGUUCAACAGCAGACUGACCAGCGGUUUCAGAAGCCAGUUCAACAGCAGACUGACCAGCGGCUUCAGAAGCCAGUUCAACAGCAGACUGACCAGCGGCUUCAGAAGCCAGUUCAACAGCAAACUGACCAGCGGUUUCAGAAGCUAGUUCAUCAGCAAAUGCCAGUUCAACCGCAAACUGACCAGUGGUUUCAGAAGCCAGUUCAACAGCAAACUGACCAGCGGUUUCAGAAGCUAGUUCAUCAGCAAACGCCAGUUCAACAGCAAACUGACCAGCGGUUUCAGAAGCUAGUUCAACAGCAAAUGCCAGUUCAACAGCAGACUGACCAGUGGCUUCAGAAGCCAGUUCAACAGCAAAUGCCAGUUCAACAGCAGACUGACCAGUGGUUUCAGAAGCCAGUUCAACAGCAGACUGAUUAUGAGCAAAUCCAAUGCGGACAACCUGGGAUCAGUGGUGCUGAGUGUGACGCAAUGAACUGCUGCUUUAAUGGACAGCAGUGUUACUAUGGGAGAGCAGUGACUGUCCAGUGUAUUAGAGAUGGUCAGUUUGUGGUAGUGGUGUCUAGAGACGUUACUCUGCCUCGACUGAGUCUGGAUUCGGUUCGUCUACUGGGUGGAAACGACCCACCUUGCGGUCCUGUGGAGUCCACACCUUCUUUUGCUAUAUACCAGUUCCCUGUGACCGCAUGUGGCACGAGCAUGAUGGAGGAUAGUGGAUAUGUGGUGUAUGAGAACAGCAUGACCUCCUCAUAUGAAGUAGGGAUUGGACCGUUCGGUGCCAUCACAAGGGACAGUCACUUUGAGUAA